CAGGAGUUGGCUUUUAUAGUUGGUCCAGUGGCGUGUCGGCGCCACCUUCAAAUCUUCGUCAUCGAUUUCAACAUAAUCAUUAUGGUUUCAGCGAGCUGAGUCACCUCCCAGCAACAUGCCAUGAUGGUGGCCUAGCUGUUUUUGAUUAAAGACCUGUCACAAAACUGUUUACAGUGUUAUCAGGCACCUUGGACGUGUAAUAAGGUAGUACUUGAACGGAUUUGGCGGUCACCACCACCAGCUCUGGACGACGUAGUGAAAGUUUCACUUGUUCACAUGUCACCGCUUGAUAGAGCCACUGCAUUGAGGAUGAAAGCUCCACCUACGCGGUCAAGAAGCAACAUCAGCUGUUUCAUUAGAUUGACUGUGAAGCUGCGGUCACACUGAGGUAAAAACAACAACAAAAAUAAGAGAAUAAAAAUGUUAAUUUCCCGGCUAUUACGAAAACAACGCAUUUACGGCAAUUUAAGCUGGUCCCGAUGGAGUAGCGAUGCCGCCAAGGCCUCUACUGAGGCUAGUCCGCUGGAUACAACCCCAGAGAAGCGGCAGCAAUUAAUCAGCGAGCUGGCGGAGCCGCUGGACCGCAAAAGCCGGCCCGCCAUCGAUCCCAAGGAGACGAGCGUAAUGCUCUUCCCCGGCCAGGGCACCCAGUAUGUGGGCAUGGCCAAGGACUUGCUCCGCUUUCCCGGCGCACGCCGCAUCUUUGAGCUGGCCAAUGAGGUACUGAAGUUCGACUUGCUAAAGAUCUGCCUAGAGGGACCACGUGAGAAAUUGAAUCGCACAGAGCAUGCCCAGCUGGCCGUGAUGGUGUCCUCCCUGGCGGCGUUGGAACAGCUACGCGAGGAGCGGCCCAAGGCCAUUGAGACGUGUGUGGCUGCCGCUGGCUUUAGUUUAGGGGAGAUCACAGCCCUGGUGUACGCCGAUGCCAUACCAUUUGACAAGGCGCUACGUCUGGUGCAGGUGCGGGCCACCGCAAUGCAGGCGGCAUGCGACCGAGCAGCCGGUGCCAUGGCCAUGACGCUGUACGGACCGGACACCAACCUGGGCGAGGCCUGUGCCCGAGCACAACAGUGGUGUGUGGACAAGGGCGUAGAGUCGCCCUACUGCGGCAUCGCUAACUACAUGUAUCCGCACUGCAAGGUGGUGGCUGGCAAUGUGGAGGCCCUCGAGUUUCUUGAACAGAACGCCAAAGCCUUAAAGAUCAGGCGGAUGAAAAGAUUGGCGGUUAGCGGCGCCUUUCACACUCCCCUCAUGCAGAGUGCCGUGGAGCCGUUUUCCAAGGCUCUAAAAUUGGUGCACCUGCAGGAUCCCGUGAUCAAAGUUUACUCAAAUGUUGAUGGAAAGCCGUAUCGCAACGCCAAGCACAUUCUGACGCAGCUGCCGAAGCAAAUCCUUAGGCCCGUCAAGUGGGAACAAACACUCCACGAGAUGUACGAGCGCAAACAGGGCGUCGACUUCCCGCGCACCUUUGAAUGCGGUCCCGGCAAGGGUCUCGUCCAGGUCCUGGAGAAGGUCAACGCCAAGGCGGCGCAGACGAGCUUUAAUGUUACAGCCUAAAAGUUUAUAAUAAAAUCAAUUUGUUGCUUUUA